AUGGGGACUUUAGAUUUAGAUGAAUCAUUCAUUGAUCCUUUUCUGGAACUAGCUCCGUUUUCUGCACGCUCUGAAAAAACUUAUGAUGAAGGACGUCCAAAAGUAGAACACAGACAGAUAAUUGGGAAUUUACCGAUACCAAUAGAUAAUUUAAAAGCUCAUCUACCAUUUUUAGCCACUCAUCUACAAGAAGCUCUAGCUGAAUCAGUUUCUACAGGAAAUCCGAAUCAAGUAAGUCAUUAG